CAGAAGACAAGAGGUGCUACGCAGGCAGCAGUUCCGCUAACGUGAGGUCUUCUGUUCGUAAAUCACCAAUGUCUGAAUUUUGAGGCAUACCGUAUAUUUCUCGCAUGUAAAUAUCUCAAACCGAAUCCUUAAGUAAUCAAUCAAAGCAAAAUGUUCCUUUUCCACCGUGUUUGUGUUGUUUUGUUUUUGUUUUUGCUGUGUGGAUCGCUGCGGGAUGCAUUUUGUUUCUAUCUUCCUGGUUUGGCCCCGGUCAGCUUCUGCGAAAAAGACUCGAGCGGCAAAGACAGCGAAGUGCCAGACUGCAAAUCAUCCAUAGAGCUUUUUGUGAACAGACUGGAUUCGGUGGAGUCUGUUUUGCCAUAUGAAUACACAGCGUUUGAUUUCUGUGCUAAUCAGCCUGAGAAGCGUCCAUCUGAGAACUUGGGUCAGGUGCUGUUUGGCGAGAGAAUCGAACCGUCUCCAUAUAAGUUUUCCUUCAAGAAAAAUGAGGAAUGCAAGAGUGUCUGCCAAAAACAAUACAACACAGACAAAAAAACGGAGGAUAAAGCCAAACUGGACUUCCUUAAGAAGGGCAUGCUUCUCAAUUACCAACACCACUGGAUUGUUGAUAAUAUGCCGGUGACCUGGUGUUAUGAUGUAGAGGAUAAUCAGAAGUUCUGUAAUCCUGGCUUCCCAAUUGGAUGCUAUGUCACAGAGACAGGUCGGGCAAAAGAUGCUUGCGUGGUCAAUGCUGACUUCAAUGACAAAGACACCUUCUACAUCUUCAACCAUGUGGACAUAACCAUCUACUACCAUGUGGUUGAGAACGAGGCUGCUGGUGCCAGGCUGGUUGCAGCUAAAUUAGAGCCUAAGAGCUAUAAGCACACAAAUGUGGACAAACCAGAUUGCACAGGACCUCCCAUGAGCCUGAGCAACAAGUUUACUGGAGACAUCAAGAUUCCCUACACUUACACUGUCAAGUUUGUGGAGGAUAAACAGAUUCGCUGGGCCUCUCGAUGGGAUUAUAUUCUUGAGUCGAUGCCACACACCAACAUUCAGUGGUUCAGUAUCAUGAACUCACUGGUGAUUGUACUCUUCCUCUCGGGGAUGGUCGCUAUGAUUAUGCUUAGAACGCUACAUAAGGACAUUGCUCGAUACAAUCAGAUGGACUCUGUGGAGGACGCUCAGGAAGAAUUUGGGUGGAAGCUUGUUCAUGGAGAUGUCUUCAGGCCUCCCAGGAAAGGCAUGCUGCUGUCUGUGUUCCUAGGGUCAGGGACCCAGAUCUUCAUCAUGACAUUUGUUACUUUAUUUUUUGCAUGUCUGGGUUUCCUAUCGCCUGCUAAUCGGGGUGCUCUAAUGACAUGUGCAGUGGUGCUUUGGGUGCUGCUGGGUACUCCAGCUGGUUAUGUGGCUGCCCGCUACUACAAAUCCUUUGGUGGGGAGAAGUGGAAGACCAAUGUUCUGUUGACAGCGUUUCUGUGUCCAGGGGUAGUGUUUGCCGAUUUCUUUGUAAUGAAUCUAAUUUUGUGGGGUGAGGGUUCGUCAGCUGCCAUGCCCUUUGGGACACUUGUGGCCAUCCUGGCUUUGUGGUUCUGCAUUUCCGUACCCCUCACCUUUAUUGGAGCGUACUUUGGCUUUAAGAAGAGUGGAAUUGAACAUCCUGUACGGACCAAUCAGAUUCCCAGACAGAUUCCAGAGCAGUCCUUUUACACUAAACCUCUUCCUGGCAUUGUCAUGGGUGGAAUCUUGCCAUUUGGAUGCAUCUUUAUCCAGUUGUUCUUCAUUCUUAACAGCAUCUGGUCUCAUCAGAUGUAUUAUAUGUUCGGCUUCCUUUUCCUGGUUUUUAUCAUCCUUCUCAUUACCUGUUCUGAGGCAACCAUCCUCCUCUGCUACUUUCAUUUGUGUGCUGAGGAUUAUCACUGGCAGUGGCGUUCCUUCCUGACCAGUGGAUUUACAGCAGUCUAUUUCUUGGUUUACGCUAUCCAUUACUUCUUCUCUAAACUGCAGAUAAGUGGACUAGCCAGCACCAUUCUUUACUUUGGUUAUACCAUGAUUAUGGCUCUCAUCUUCUUCCUCUUCACAGGAACAAUUGGAUUCUUUGCCUGUUUUUGGUUUGUCACCAAGAUCUACAGUGUGGUCAAAGUGGAUUGAAUUAAAGAUUGGAUUACUGAACUCUUUCCAAGAGGGAGAUCCCAAAGGGAGACUAAAUCUGUUGUCACAGUGACUUCUUUCAGUUAAAACUUUAAAUCAACACUACAAAUUCCAUUUACCUUGUUGUGUAUUUGUGCAUUAGUAGUGCAUUUUCAACUAUUCGAAGAAAUUAACACAUCAUAGUUUAACUGAAUACAGCAAAACGCAUGUUGGCCAUUGCAACUUCUAAAUAACUGUGUUUUGAAAUCGUGGCGUGUAAAUAUUUAUUUUGCAUAAAUCACAAAGAAACUAGCUCAAGUUUCUCAUUAAAUUAAAAGUUCCCAGCUAUGAUUUUGUAAAUAGCUUUCCCUUCAUAUACGUUAAAAAUACGAUAAAAAACAGACUUCACCCUUUUACUUAAAGCGAGGCUGUGUGAAUUUUAUUUUAAUCCUGUUAAUACUAUACAAGUUUUUCUUGGGUAACAAUUGUGCAUAACCAGCUGGGGUGAUGAUUGUCUGUUUAACAUUUAUUUGGUCAUAUUAUUGCCUUUUUUCCUACAUGUAUUUUGUUUAUGCCUCAAGACAUUGUCCGCCUCAUGAGACAAUUUUUAUCAUGUUUGACAGGUUUGUGAACAUAAGUGUCCUGUACACAGGGGUAAUGGGGUAAAAUAAUUUAAUUUGUUUAACUGCAAACAUAUAAGCCACCAUGUUUUUUGAGCUUAGAUAUCUCAGAUUUUUAACUGGGACAAAAAUACAAACAUAAGAAAUAAACCUAAUUCUCCAAA